CUGAUACAGUAUAUAGAAUGCCAGCCAGACCGGAUUCCUAGGUUUAUUCUAAAUAUACACAGUCAGAUCUGCAUUGAAAGAUGAACAAACAUAUCUGGUGCGAAAUUUCGGUACUGGCUUUGAUAGCUUUUCUUGCAACGACCUCAAAUGGACUAUGUCGGAAACUAGAAAAAUUGACAGAGCUUCACAUUAGCGGAUACAAAGCCCAUAUCAUUCACACAAAUGCGUGCAUUGAGGUUCGGAAGUCUAUCAUUGAACCGAAUAUGUUGGAUCUUGAGGUCCCAGGGGGAGAGAGGUUCCGAAGGACCUUCACGACCGAUUGCUGCUGUGAGGUGACCUCAAAGACUCUAGAACUGGUAACACUAGAGCGUUUUGACAACGGCCCCACUAAAGACGUGUUCUACUUCCGGAUAGACGAAUGCGGAUGUAUAUUGUGUUCUGAGGUUAGCAUUUCCGGUUCGCCUAAUUGACAUGCAAGUCAGCUGACUGUAAUCACGUGCAGAUUUAACGUGCCGUGUGAUAAGUCAUGUGAUAAAACAGUUUCGAACAAGAUGUUCGAAUUCUUUCUAUUUAUAUCACUGUUAAUGUUUUUCUUAAUACGGAGAUAAUAAUAAAAAAUAGUGUCAGUACUAUUUGUACCUACAGAAGACUGCAUGUAUUAAUGCUAUUUUCACAAGAAAAAUUGCAAAUGAGACACAUGUAAAAUUAUUUUUUUGUUCAUUAUGAGCACGUGUAAAGGUGAUUGGAGUAAUUUCAAGAAUGAAAAAUCUUCUGACUAUUGUGUUUUGUGUGCUAGUAUUUAGAAGUACAUGGUGUAUACUUGUUGAUUUUUUUUUCGAUCUCAAAAUGUUAUUUAUCAAUAAA